AUGGCAGAUCGCGACGAGGAACGACAGCCGCUCUUGGCCCAGCAGCGACGACCCGAGGUCGAUGGCGCCCACGCCGCACCAUGGCACCGGCGCCUCGCUCGCUCCUGGCCCAUCAUCCGCGUCCUGGUCUUUGCCACCUUCUACGGCAUCGCUUUCUACUCGGGAACCCCCACGCUACUGGAUCAGACCCGCGCCUUCACCUGCGCUUUCCACUACGAGCGCCACCCCGAGCUCUGGCCAUUGAGCCCCGGCUCCGCCUUGCCCCUCGACUCGGACCAUCCUUGCGCGGUACCAGGCGUGGAGGCCAAGUUCGGCGUCGUCAAUGCCAUCUCCAGCUUCGCAAGCAUGGGGCUCUCGUCGAUCAGCAUGCUCUUCUACGGUCCCCGUCUGUCGACUUGGGGCAGGAAGCCACUGAUCACCCUCGCCACCUUCAGCUGCAUGUUCGGCCUGCUGCCCUACAUCCUCUUGCCCCUCGGCUACCCUUACGGCCCGCUGCCGGACAGCGUCGCCGUCAGCCCGACCGUCUCCCUGGGCCUCGUCCUCCUCGCAUCCUGCCUGCAAGGUCUGAUGGGCGACACCGCCUUGGUCUACCUCGUCAUGAACGCGCUCGCCGUCGACGCGUCAAGGCCAGAGACGCGCAGCAUCUACCUCAGCUGGAUCCUGACCGCCACCCUCAUCGGCUGCUUUGUCGGGCCGACGCUUGCCGCGUGGGUCAUUCAGCGGUCCAGGCGCAUCAAGGCGGUCUCGACAGCCCUGAUGCAAGCGGCGGUCACGGCGUACCGCUGGGUUGAGCAUCCAAAGCACGGCAACGACCACGGUUCCGUUCCCGGCCACGGCAUUGACACGGGAGAUCGACCGGUCUUCGGUGCGCCCAGCGAUGGCGACACUGGGCACGGCGUGCCUCGCAUCCCCGCACCGCCAGGGCCUCCAGGGGUACCCCCUCAGCAGCCCCCGAGUUCGCUACACGGCAACACGGCGGCGCUGCGGUCAGCUCUGCUCCUGUACGCGAUCGCUCUGCUCUGGGUCAUCUUCGUCAUCCCCGAGACGGUCAAGAGGGGUGGGGAUGCCAAGAACACAGCCUCCCGGACCGGUGCCGCUGCCGCCGCGCAGGAGCCUUCGGCGGCAGCUGAAUCCGUGCCGCCGUCCCAGCCGUCCGAGGUUGGGCUGGCGACCAAGCUAUUCCGCCGGCUAGGUCCGCUCUCAGUCUUCCUCCCCGUCGUCCUCUCGUCUGGCGAGCGCGACUACCGCGUCACCAAGAUGGGCUGCGUCGUCAUGCUCUCGACCUUCGGGGCGAUGGGCCUGACGUACAUUGCCAUCUUCUCGAGCUACCGCUUCGACUGGGGUCCCGAGAAGAUCGGCUUCUUCCUCACCCUGAUUGGCGGCACGCGCGCCGUGAUGCUGAUGCUGGGAAUCCCGGCCAUCAACCGCUUCCUGGACCGUGUGGUGCCGCGUACAGCCCCCGUCGCCGCAUCGACGUGCGAUCAAGGCGGCGACGAAGACGAGGACGGAGAGCAAGACGAGGAGAGGUCGACCUCGAUCGAUGCCGUGCCGCGGCGGGCUCGCAUCGACAUCUACGUGGCGAUGGUGUCGUUCCUGAUCGAAUGGAUCGGCUACCUGGUCAUCAUCCUGGGCGCCAGCACCACGUCGCUGACGUUGAUGUCGUGCGGCACCAUCUUCCUCAGCCUCGGCGCGGGCGCCAAUCCGGCGCUCAACAGCGCGGCCAUUUCGAUCGUCACGUCACGGCGUCGGCACCUUCGUCCGGACGAUGGCGACGGCGAUGGCAGCGCCGCCGUGCUGGCGCGGCAGACGAGCGACGGCUGGAUCUCGGCGUCGUCGAUUGUCGAUUCGUUCUUCAAGUUCUUUUCGCCACUGUGCUACACGGCCGUCUACUCGCUCACCAUCGACUCGAGGGCGCCCGCGGCGUGCUUCUUUAUCCCCAUUGUCUCGUUUGGCGCCGCCACGGCGCUCUUGUGGUCGAUCCUCUAG